AUGAAAAAUGCAAGAGAGUUCAGAGCGAUGCUUUCAACAGCAGCCCAGUACUUUACGCAGAACAAAGAAAAGUAUCCAGGCGCACUGGAUAGGAUAGGGAGCAGGCUGGGCUCUAGGCUGAGCAUACUGCAGUCUCUCCCGAGGAGCACAGUGAGCACAGACCAAAGCACUUGGGGGCGCGCUAUAUCGAAUAAAAUACUCCCUGCGCUGGGGAUAGAGGGAGCAACGCAUGGCUUCUCCAGUAGCUCAGGGAGGCUUAUAAUUAAAAUACCGAAGAUGUGGGAGAGUGAAGACCCUUCUUCUGCCCUACCUGUGGUGCCUGCUGCUGUGGAGAGGAUAUUCAGCGGCUGGUACACUCCUAUUAAAACGGAGAUCAACCUGGACAAAAGCAUCUUAUUAGCGGUUGUUCCAUCUGACGAAUAA